AUGUCGGAUCGCACCCAUCCGUCCUUCCCAACCGGUCCUCCCUCGCCCUCUUCACCCGCUGCUGGGUCUCUGAAAGAGAGUCUCCAGCUUCCCAUCUCCUCGGAACACAUUCCUCAAACUCCGACAUCCCCUCCGUUGAUGUCGGUCAGCGAUCAAAGCCAUGUCUCCAACUUUGCAUCCACCCAGGCAUCACCCAACCAGGCGAUUACCCACCCAAACACCUCUUCCCCUCCCUCAUCUACCCCGAUGUCUACACAGGUCUCCCAGCAGCCAACAAUGAGCACAACAAACUCAUUUCCCACCCCCGCAAGCAGUGUCAGUGGUCAUCUCGUGAAUGCGACGUCAGCGGAAGACGCCGAUCACAAACAUUUUAGCCCCGGAAUGAAGGACUCAAGGACCGUGGAGGGACAGCAGGUUACAGAACACACACGAACUGAUCACGACCGGCAACCACUUCAGAUCGGCCCUGAAGCUGGUGUGCGCGAUUUCGCCACCGGUCAGCAACCGACGGAUACAGAUGCCAUGGAUGUGGAUAAAGAAUCUGCGCCCCGGUUUGACCUCGGACUUGAUUCACUUCAGAAUGACUUCACUUCGGCUUUCCAUCUCUGCAAAAGCUCUCCCAUUGUGACUGGACCGGAUCCUUCGCUGGAUCUCAUCUCCCUCUAUGGGCUCAGCUCGGUUGCGCAUUCAGUCGCAAGAAUGGACCAUGUGACCGGAGAGAAGAUCAAUCGGUUGAGAAAGUCUUACGAAGGCAAAUUGAAGGGAUUAGGACUGGCAGGUCGCAACAAGCCCGUGAAACAAGAGCCUGGCAUGCCUGGCAGUUUACGGCAUCUCACAUUGUGGCCUGAGGAAGAAUGGCAGAACCAGAAAGUGUUUGGCAAGCAGAUCAAGGUGGCUGAUCUGGACUCGGCGCUUCACAGUCUUCAGACCAAGGCUAUGCAUAUGGAACCCGGCGCGGUACCCAACAAUGACUUCUGGGAGGAUGUGCUAGGCCAUGAAAAGCCCGUCAAGAACCAGGGUUCCGGUGAUACGGGCAAGAAGGCUGCACCCACUCCCGGAGGACGUCACACAGCUUAUGGGACCGUCUCAGCUACGACGCCGCACGAAAAUGAACGAGCUCGACCUAGUCGCGGCCGCAAGAGACACUAUGAUGACAAUAGCUUUGUCGGUUAUGGCGAAGGCUUUGCAGAUGACGAUGAUGACCCCGGAUUUUACUCCAAUGGCGAGGGAACUGGGAAAAAGAAACGGAAGAAGGAUCAUGUUUCCAAGGUUUCCACCCCCAUGUCCGAACGCGGCGGCAGUUACGGGGUUGGCAUGUUUGGAAUCGGCGCCAGAUAA